AUGUCGGCCAAUCGAGUCAAGGUCCGCCUUGUCCCCGGCUGUUCCGACGGCGAUCCCCUUCAUGUGCCUCCUCCGGGAGCUCAUACCCAGCUUGAUCCACCAACUCUGUACCUGGAGAAGAUUGGCCAACAGUGGAUGGAGAGUCGAGGUGAGGCUAAGCCAGGUGUGCACUACAUCCUAGAAGACCUUCCCUUUGGCUACACGCUCUGGCAUCGCCCACGACCGUCGAAACCAAGCCAUCUCGACAAGUACCUAUAUGGCCAUCCUGGAAAGAAGGCGUUUGACUCGCCGAACCGAUUCUUUCCUCACUUUGAGCACCUGAUGAAGAACCAUGGCAGUAACAUAGGCUGUCCUUGCACUGUUUGCAGUGGCACUGCCGGAAUACUCCCAAAGACUUCAGCGAAUAGCUCGCAGACACGAACGCCGAGCGUGGCCUCCUCGCGAAGGUCCAACUCUUCUGCGUCAGUGCAGAGUCGACCUACUAGCGCACAUCGCACGCAACAGCUGCCGGCUGCACCGCUUCCUAUUCAGGCGUCACAGCACAAGGGUCGCCCGAAGAAGAUCACUCCGGGUCUAGACACGACCAACGUUGAUAAUGAAGGCACGCCAGAUGUGUACAGGAAUCUCAUCGAUAAGCUUCGCCGGCAUCGCGAUGUGGACGAACCUAUCCUUGAGCCACUGAGCCCAGACUGGCGCGCGGAACGAGACCAUCUUCCAAAGUUCCUCAACGACAUCAAAACCCAGGAGCAAUGGGUUCCGCGAAUUGGAGACAUUGUCUUGUACAUACGCAACAUGCCUGAUACCGUUGAAUUGGUCCGAGACGACACCACCGGCGAGCUCCAGCUGUACGAUGAGCGUCGCAAGCAGCAUCUGGGUACUCCACAAUGGGCGGCAGGCCUGGUCACUGAGCCGGCUACCGGUACAACGGUCGCUGAGCUCGUCACCUCUACUCAUCCGGAGCGCAGUGUAUCCGGCAUAGGUGUACGCGUCGAACCGAUCCCGAAUCCAAAUGACUCGGACAAGUCGCUCUCCAAGAGACACAAGUACGUCUUGUUGCGACAGACAAGCCCAUUCAUGAUGUGGAGAGACCUCUUGCGCCGGAUACCUCAGGAAGAAUGGCAUGAUACCGUCAAGAACGCCCUCGCCCUCAUGUCGACGCUCUCGCUCAUGGGUAAAUAUCGCUUCCGAGGAUCGUGGCCGAACGCGAGCAUAUAUUGUCAUGGCAUCUACGUUGGCGCCGAGAUGCUCGCCGUAGGCGACACCGUCCGCCUCCUUCCCAACAAGCAAUCUGGUCAGUCCGGCUGCACGGAUGUCAUGAGCAUCAAAUCGAUUCGCUUGAAGUGGACCAAUCUGGAUAAGGCCUCUGACAAUGACUACGACGAGGGACGGCCAUACAACUCUGAGAUCUGGAUAUACGGGUCCGCAUAUACAAGCGACGUGUCACGUUCGAACAAGCUUUGGGUGACGGAGCACAAUGUCGAAGCUCCACGAGUGGCAAAUGACUAUGCAGACUGGUACCCACUACACCCAGCUGACAAAGAGCUUGCCAUCCCCUACUCGCGCGUCCUCGGUCGCCUGCACGAGCGCGAUGCCAUGGCCUACUUCCUCAAGUCUGACGAUGACAAUCCUCCAGGACUCGAUGUCGGCCGGCAAUCUGUAGUAGAGGCGCGCGCCUUUGCACGAAAGCACGAUAACCGCAUCGCUCAAGAAUCCGAUGCUACAUGGUACUGGGGGGACGACCGAGCCGAUGCUCUCAAUCUCCACACUAUCAACGGUCUCGACGUGUCGCGCUACGACCUCGACCGCGACGUCAAGGAUCUUCGUCGCAAGUACCGGCAACUCGAUGGUAUCGCCAGUGGAAACGCGAAGCCUACAGGCCAAGAAAUACUCGGCAGCAGGGGAUUGCGUACCUUCAUGGCACCCGCCUUGCCACUUCGCACGAGCAGCGCGAAGCCACCAAGUGAUAGCGGAAGUUCGUCUAUCAGUGCCAGUCAAGCCUCCCGAAAGCGCACGCACAUCGUCGACCUAGACGACGAGGAUGAUACCGAAGAGGACGACCUUGACGAAGAGAUCAGGGAGCACACCAAGGUCGUCGCGGAAGAUCGCGAACGUCCGAAGAAGAAGCCGAAGGUGAUGGUGGUCAUAGACUGA